AUGAUGGCUUCCACGCGCUCCGCGUUGUUCGCGGCCUUGGUCGGCCUCACGGCUGGUCAGUAUGAAGGAUGGAUGCCCGGACAAAUCAGUGCAAGUAUGUGCUACUGGGAAGCACCAAGAGACAACCCGUUCGGGCUUAUGCUUUCGUUCAACUUCAGCAACCCGUUCGAUCUGGACACUAACCUCACCAAACUGAUUCAAACUACAUCAAAGGCGCCCGGUGGAUCCGGCCCCGUCGGUAGUUACUCCCCUAACAGGAUUGAUGGAGCUCUUCUUCACAACGACGCAGAGUUCUACCUGUAUGGAGGUAAUCUCCAGAGAAGGACAGAUGCCUCGGAGGCGCCAGACGAUUCCAAGGUCAUUCUCUGGCGUCUCUACGAUUAUGGUCCAGAGAAGGGGCUGUUCAGGAAUGGCAGCGGUCAGCAGACCUUUCCCGACGGCGUCUCGCCGUUGGUAACUUACGGAGCAGGAGUCAGCGCUCCAUCCGAAAACAAAGCGUGGUACAUCGGUGGCAUGCGUUCACCUGUCUGGGGCGAGAUCUACCGGUCCAGCACCAACAAGUCCAACGUCGCCAACACGACGUCAGACUCACUCAUCACCCUUGACAUGUCGACACAGCUAUCCGAGACGUUCUCCAACAAGACGUUGGAAGAUGUAAAGCCAAGAGCAAACCCAUCAGCAGUUUGGGUUCCUGUCGGAAAGCAAGGUAUCCUGGUCGUCGCGCAACAGAGUCCCGAGUUCACACAAAAGAUUGAUAUCUACGACAUUGCUGCGGACAAAUGGUAUCAACAAGAGACUACAGGCGGACCUGGCGCCGUCACCCGAGGUUGCGCCGUCCUGGCCACUGCAGCCGAUCGCUCCAGCUUCAAUUUGUACUACUAUGGCGGCUAUCCUGGUGUCAGCCUAAGUGAGGGCUUCAGCGAUGCUGUCUGGGUUUUGUCCAUGCCAUCGUUCCAGUGGAUCAAGCUGAACGAUGGCAAGACGCUACAUGCCCGCGCCGGUCACCAAUGCGUGAUGCCCUACCCGGACCAGAUGUUGGUCAUUGGAGGAUACGCGCAAACAUCGGGUGCUGGCAACAGACCCUGCGUCCAAAACUUUUUCCAUGUCUUCAAUGUCUCGAGCGGAGAGUGGCAGGACAGCUACAGUCCCAGCAAGUGGUCCAACUACACCGUUCCGACCGCCGUUCAGAGCAAGAUUGGUGGUGACGCCCAGGGCUCGGCAACGGCCACGACACCGGUGGUAUCAGGAGGCUGGGCUGAUCCGAGUCUCUCAGCUGUCUUCGCCGCCGAGUACACAACAAAAAUCAACACAUGGUACCCCUACACUGAGGCGAAAGAGACUGACCGGCCGAUUGUUGACGAUCCCGGCAAUGGUAACAACAAUGGUGGUAGUGGCGGCACUCCGAAAUGGGUCGCGCCCGUUCUAGGAGUUGUCUUAGGUCUCGUCUUUAUCACUGGCAUCUUGGUCGGUUUCUGCCUUUGGCGUCGUCGCAAGGUCCUCAGGCAGGGCAACGGGACUGCGACCGCCACUGACGACAACGGAUCACGCAUCAUCUCCUGGAUUAGAGGCCAGCCCAGUGAGCCUGCCAAGGCGCCGACCGUCACGACUGAAGAGACCCCGUCCACUCUGGAUAUGGCAGAGGUUCGCACGCCGCCUCCUGCUCCUGCCGUUUCUCCGGCACCGGUUAUUGCCCAUGAGAUGGCCGAUGACCACAUUGCCGAACUUCCUGGCAACAACGAGAACGCAUCCUCCCUCUCGCGGUCGUCGGGCGUUCUCGGCUUCCAGACCCGUGCGCAGUCCCCCGAACCCGGGCCGCCUUCCCCGCCUGUCACCCACUCCACCCCAGCCGGUCGCCACGACUCCGAUGUCUCGGGUCUGAGCGACAACGAGACUCGGCACCUGAGACACAUCAGCCAGGCGACGGUCAGCUCGGCAUCAUCUGGUGGCGAGCAAGAGGUUUCCGGUGCGCAGCAGGGUGCUCGCGGGGUACCCGCGACGGUACCGGAGACGCCUACACCUGGUAUCCCUGAGACACCAACACCGGGACAUCCGAGCCCUCUUAGUCCACCAACAGGAGCUUCCGAUGGCGAGGAUUACAUCUCGGCGAGGAUGUUGCCGGUCAGUCCCGCUGGAACGGGCACGCUUAGGAGGAGUAUGUUCCACGAGAGUGAGGAUGAUCUUGGGUCCAAGAAGUAA